AUGGAUAUUGAUAUCCUCCUUGUGCUUAACAGCUUUGCUCUAGCACUAGUUACUAUUCAUGCUCAAAAUCAAUCAGGGUUCAUUAGCUUAGACUGUGGAUCACCAGAAGAUACAAGCUACAGGCAUAAACUAUAUUUUCGAUGAGGCGGAGUAAGUGGGAGGGUAUUGCCUGAAUUCACAACAAAUGUGCAACAGCAGGUAGUUUACCUUAGAAGCUUUCCUGAAGGUGAAAGAAACUGUUACAACCUAACACUCAAAAAGGGAGAUAGGUACCUUAUUAGAGCAACUUUCAUGUACGGAAACUACGACCAAAGGAAUGACCUUCCCCAGUUUGAUUUGUAUUUGGGACCUUCUUUAUGGGAUAAGGUGAUAUGACCAAAUGCGGCUUUUGGUAUGGUCCGAGAAGUGAUUCAUGUUCUCCAAUCCAAUUAUUUGCAUAUAUGUCUUGUGAAUGGGAAAGGCACACCAUUCAUAUCUUCCUUGGAGUUGAGGCUUUUGAAAAACACCACUUACACCGCUGGUUAAAUGGCGCUCCUUCGAAGACUCGAUGUUUGUUCAACAAGUAGAACAGUAUUCAGGUUUCCCCAAGAUAUAUAUGAUCGUGCUUGGUGGCCUUACCAAGAAACUGAUUGGACACAAAUAACCACCUCAUCCAAAAUUGAAACAGGAAAUGGUUACCAACCACCAUUGCGUGCCAUGAGAAGUGCCUGCAUACCCGCAAAUGCUAGUCUGCCGUUGAGUUUCCCCAUUAACAGCACGGUUCCAGAUGUUCGAUAUUAUGUAUACGUGCACUUUGCUGAAAUACAAGAGCUUGAAGCUAAUCAGUCCGACUCCCGAGAGUUCAAUAACUAUACCAAUGGAAGCUACUACGCCGGACCUUAUAGUCCCACGAAUUUAUUUGUGGACACUCUUUACAGCCCAGCAGCCCUCGAUGCUGGUAAGAUUUAUUUAGAGAGGACGGCAAACUCAACCCUUCCACCUAUUUUCAAUGCCAUUGAGUUGUAUACGGUAAAAGAAUUCCUACAGUUGCAGACAAUUUAUAGAGAUGUUGACGCUAUUUUGAAUAUAAAAUCCAUGUAUGGAUUGAAGAGAAACUAAGGGAAUCCAUGCACCCCUCGAGAUUUCUUGUGGGAAAGACUUAAUUGCACCUAUGAACAUAAUAGUUCACCUAGAAUUAUAUCCUUGAACUUAUCCUCAAGCGGGUUGACAGGAGGGAUACCUCCUUACAUACAAAAUCUAUCCCAAUUACAAUAUCUUGACUUGUCAAACAAUAGUUUGACUGGACCAGUGCCUGAGUUUCUAUCCAAAUUGCAAUCCUUGACAAUACUUUUGGUCAAGGACUUCUUCCGGUUCCUCCUUCAUCCAGGCAAAACUACCAUGAAUGCUUCCAUUAGUACAUCAAGAGAUCACAAAUUCGGAGCGAUGGCGGAGAUGUUGAGCAAGGCGUCGACGAUGGUGUUUCGGAUUGAACCGAUGCUCACCCCUACAACGAUCCAAAUGAUGUCAGCAUACACCGUUUUGACUGCUGAUAAGGUUUCUGGAAAGCGUCCCAACGAAGCAUUGUUGUCAAUUAAUUGUUUCCAGAAGGAUUUGGGGGACCCUAAUCCCUUGGUGAGAGCAUGGGCACUUCGCACCAUGGCUGGAAUUCGUCUUCAUGUUAUUGCACCUCUUGUUCUGGUGGCUAUGGGCAAGUGUGCUAGAGAUCCAUCUGUUUAUGUUAGAAAAUGUGCAGCUGUGCUCUUCCAAAAUGUUGAAGGAAAUCCAAAUCUUUGUGCAAAGGCUUCAUGUAUAAAGAAGAAGAACAACAAGACUGUCGUACCCCUAGUAGCAUCAGUUGUUUCAUUUGCUGUCCUUCUAACUGUAGUGGCUAUCUUAUGGAGGCUGUUCAAAUACUCUGAGGUUCAAAGGAUAACAAACAACUUCCAGAGAGUUCUUGGAAAAGGAGUAUUUGGAACAGUUUUCCAUGGAUGUUUCAAUGACACUCAAGUGGCAGUCAAGAUGCUUUCUGAAUCAUCAGCUCAAGGGUACAAGCAGUUUCAUGCAGAGGUUGAACUUCUCUUGAGAGUUCAUCAUAGAAAUUUGACACCACUUAUAGGGUACUGUGAUGAUGGCUCCAAUCCUGGACUAGUUUAUGAGUUUAUGGCCAAAGGAAAUUUAGCCGAGCACCUAUCAGGAAACAGUAGCAAUAUUUUAACUUGGGAACAAAGACUAAGAAGAGCAUUAGAGGCAGCCCAAGGAUUGGAGUAUUUACACAAUGGUUGCAGACCACCAAUAAUCCAUAGAGAUGUGAAGUGUACUAACAUCUUGUUAACUGAGAACUUGCAAGCCAAAGUAUCUGAUUUUGGGCUCUCAAAAAUUUUUCCAACCGAAAGUUCUCAAAUUCAUGUUUCAACAGUUGUUGCUGGUACCCUUGGAUAUCUUGAUCCAAAGUAUACUGUAUCAAGCAGGUUAACGGAGAAAAGUGAUGUAUACAGCUUUGGUAUGGUUCUGUUGGAGAUCAUUAAAAGCCGACCAAUGAUUGAUAGAACAAGCAGAGUUGAGGCUACUCACAUAAAACAAUGGGUGGAUUUCAUGUUGUCCAAUGGGGGUAUCAAAAACAUAGUUGAUUCAAGAUUACAAGGAGAUUUUGACACCAAUUCCGUGUGGAAAGCUGUUGAAAUAGCAAUGGCUUGUGUAUCUUAA